CGUUUGCUAAAGACGGUCAUUACAUCCGGAAGUGACGUAGCAGAGUGUUAAAGGGCCGAUAAUUGUUAUUGUUAGCUUGUUAGCUAGCAGAGCAGCUGGUGAAUGGAGAUAUGACAGAGUAAUAACGUCUUAUUACAUGUGCACGAUUCAGUUAUUACAAACACAAAGUGAUGGAGGACGGAAACAGGAGUGAUGCUGCUUCCACAUCCAAGAGCCACGCAGGCUCACUCCACCUGCAGACUCUCAAAAAUGAGGAUGCCUAUGAAAUUACCAUCCCCUACGAAGAGAGCAACUUUGUGCAGCAAGGAUUUUUCAACCAGAGUGAUCAGAACUUUGAUGAGUCGCCCCCAUCUGCUGGCCCGUCUCAAAUAAACAACUCAUACAUGGUGAUCACCAACCUGCGGACCCAGCUACAGAUCUCUCUGGAGAAAAACUCUUGGCUGCAGAAAAGAAUUGAGGACUUGGAAGAGGAGAGGGACUUCCUCCGUUGCCAGCUGGACCGCUUCAUCUUUUCCACAAAGAGCCAGGCACAGGAGCCGAGUCAGAGCCAGUACAGUAACGGUUAUGAAUCCAGACGAUUCAACUGGAGGGUAAGAAGAGAAGAAGAUCGUCCCGUUGAGCAACCGAAGACAGAGUCUCAGCAUUUGCCCUCACGUCAGUUCAUCCAACGAAGGCCUGGCCCUCCAACCAUGGUGCCUUCCAAAAACCAUGUCUCCAGUCCACUAACCAAUCAGCUUGCCUCUAUAAAUGCUUUGUUCAACUCCACACAAUCCCAGGCCCUCUUGCAAAACCAUAGCCAUACUAGUCCCAAUACCACAGCCAGCGGCAACAGCAACAGUGCUACAAGGUCAUCCAUCAAUGAAUCUAGGGGACAGAGCCACAUGGGUCCAGAUUCACUUUCACUCUUGGGAGAAUCUGAUGAGUACUUGGAACAGGAAGGCUACCUUGAAGAAGAGGAAAUGAUAUCAGGGGAAGAUGUAAUGCAACAUACCAUCAACAGCAACGGACACCAAUUUAAGAGAAGGCGGAUCUUCCGAGUCCCGAGAGAGCGGCAAAGAGUGAAAGAUGCUGCUGGAGUGCUGUUUCGCUACAAGAAGAUCCUGCUUACAUACCAGCGUCUGAAAAACAUGUCUAAAGCCUUCAAUAUCCACGGUGUGGACCGCAACACAGUGGCUUCCACCACACCCAUUGCUGAGCUGCUACUAGUGGCCCCAGAGAAAGUGGCAGAGGUGGGCGAGUUUGACCCAUCCAAGGAGAAGUUGCUGGACUAUGCCCGGCGCUGCUACACUGUCCUGGAUGAGGAGACACUUAGCAGGGUGCAGGCUCUGAAGAAGAAUAACCUGCUCCUGCCCAUCUCCUACAGGUUUAGACACUGAGGGGAGAAAGACAGAGGAAUGGGACGUCUGUCUCUCUGUCAAACAGUGAAGUGGUGGUUAAGUGUGGAGAGAAAAGGCAGUUAGGUUCUGCUGCAGCAGGCCAGCUCACCUCCGAGCACAGAGAUGUCCAGAGGUAUGAGCAAUUAUUUUGCUAUCUCAGCGUCCCGGAUAUGGCCAUGGAAACUGCGACUGAGAUCCUUUGCUUUUCAGACAAAUAAACUUUUCACAUCUCACUUUUAUUAUCAAUAUGAUGAGUUUCUUUAAUAAUAAUAAUAUUACAGUAACAGUAAUUACUUAUCUCCUCCCGCCUUGAUUAUUGAAACUCUCUCCUCUAUGGCAUCAGCAACACCUCCAUCAAUAAACUCCAACUGGUUCAGAAUGCAGCUGCCCGACUCCUCACCCACACCAAAUCAUGGCAUCACAUCACCCCAGUCCUGAAAGACCUUCACUGACUCCCCGUCUCCCACCGGAUCUCGUACAAAAUCCUGACCCUCACCUACAAAGCCCUCCACCAACUUGCCCCCCCCAUCUCUCUGACCUCCUCUCCCCCUACCAACCUCAACGGUCCCUCAGAUCCACCUCAGCUGGUUUACUCUCCACCCCCAAGUCCAAACUCUGCAGCUUUGGGGACAGUGCAUUCUCCAGUGCAGCGCCCAAGCUGUGGAACUCCCUCCCAAAACUCAUCAGAGACUCCGAUUCCCUCACCAUAUUCCAGUCCCGCCUCAAGACCCAUCUUUUCUCCUCUGCUUACUUGUAGCCCCCCCCCCCUCCCCCCUCCCCCUACCCAUUUGUCCGUGUGUAUGUAUGAAAGUGUGCCUGUGUAUGUCGCCUGUUUUUGUCGUUCGUCUCCUGUUUGUCUCACACCGUUUUCCCCCCGAAUGUGUAAAGCGUCUUUGAGAUCUUUAAAAAAGCGCUUUAUAAGUUUAAUCUAUUAUUAUUAUUAUUAUUAUUAUUAUUAUUAUUAUUAUUGGAAUUGCUUGUCUUCAGUACUGAAAUGAAUGAGACCAACUUAGCUCAUUCAUGUUUCAGCCUCAACUUUUGUAGAGACACACAGACCUUUUCUUUCCUGAACAUCUGGAUCAGCUUAUGGCUAGUAGUUCAUUAACUGAUUGUCAACAUCAUUUCACUUCCUGAUGGUCUAAAUGAUUUUUAAGCAUAACAAUUUGGUUUCACUUCAUCUGUGUGCACAAUUCUAAAAAUAUGGUAGCUUUCAGUCACAAUGUCUGUAUAUGUUAAAAUUAUGCUGCACUCCAUAGAUUUUGUAGAAUUAAGAGGUCAUCAUCAUCAUCAUCAUCAUUUCAUUUUGUUUAUAUUGCUCUGUGUGUCUUUGUUGUAUUAUUUUUGGCAUUGUCAUUGUAUCCUCAACCAUUUUCACUUGCCUUAAUGCAAUUUUUGUGAUUUCCUAGCGCAGGUUUUGGGCCACUUUUACUCCCUGAACACCCACUCAUUUUGUCUCUUUUCCUUUCCAUUUCUUCUGGUAUAAAGGAGGGGAGAACUCUUAAAGAGAGGGACACAGAUGCGAACAUGAACUGAAUACAGUAAAGACUAGUCCAACAUUA